CGGUUAACAAAUUUGAGGCAGUUCCCUAUUUUGUCACGGACAUCAGCACAUGCAUGGGUGCCCACUGCCUAGCGCUUGUGCAUGUCUAGCUGCAGCUGCUGCUUCAUACGGUAUAGGUACCUCAUAUUUGGAGGGUCAAUCUUUGCGCUGAAUGGGCGAUUCUCUGAGGUCUGCAGAAAUUGUGGCAGCUAAUUGAGCUGAGGUCCGGGGCUCUAUAUAUUUUGCUCUGCAAUUCUUCAAACACGCAGCAGGAGGGUCGGCAUUUCUGGCACAAUAUCGCCAGGACUUUCCCGCACAGACGCAACGCUGUAGCGUCUUCCCUCCGGGGGCUGAUUGGUUCUGCAUCUCGAGCUAGAUUCGGAUUGAGCAGCCAUCAAAUUGCCAGGGACCGCCUUUGGCGCCAGCUAGCGCAAUGGUGGUCACAAUGGCGCUCCGCACAACAGCGCUCUUCCUGAUCGCGAGCUGCCUCUCUCUUCCUGCGUCGGCGGCGGACGACUCUCAGAGUAUUGUCGAAAGGGACUACUCCUGUCCCCCCGGCUUCAUUCCCUUGCCCAAUCAGGGCGCCAACUAUAACCCCAGUUGCGCAGUCGAUCGCUGCUACGGGACUCCUGGCCCUUGCGGCGAAGGUAACCAGUGUACAUCCAAAAAGUCUACGGUCUCGGGGAUAUCUACAUUCGAGUCUGUGUGUACCUGCUCGGCGCCUUCCGUGCUCGCCCACAUUGUCUACACGGACUUCUGCUAUGUGCCAGGGACUGAUCGCUGCAACCCCAACCCGUGCAAGAACGGAGGCACUUGCGAGGCAGUCGCGGACUUCAUCAGCGGUGAAAAACGGGCCUUUGUUUGUACCUGCCCCCAGAACUUCCAGGGGGUCACUUGCGACCAGCCAAGCGAGAAUCCGGCACCCACUCGCAGGAACGGAACCUCGCCCCCAACCCUGCCUCCCACUCCCCCUCCUACCACUGGGCCGCCGAUUAUCAUCGAUGGAAAUCAAGGCCUGUGUGGCCCGGGCGAAUUGGCCGAGGCGGCUCCCUUCCCGCAGAGGUGCUGGUUCAACAACGACCCCCAGGGCCGAUACGUGUGCUGUGACGCCCAAGGCUGUGACGGAUUCAACGCCGACAACCUCACCCCCCACUGCAAGAACUUCGGAUACGUGCCUCCGAACUUCGGCAAAAGUGGAGGGCCGUCCCCGCCUCCUGAAGGUGACCAGGGCGUUUGCGGCAAGACGGGCGCCGAGCCUUUCCCCAACCGGUGCUGGUUCAACAACGAUCCUCUGGGGCGAUACGUUUGUUGCGAUAACCAGGGUUGCGACGGGUUCAACGCCGAUAACCUAACCCCGCACUGCAAGAACUUUGGUUACGUGCCCGACAACUUCGGCCGCACUUCGCCUCCCGGCCCGGGUCCCACUGGCAACGGGGGGCCGCAAGGAGUGUGCGGCUUAGGGGCGGCGUCGGCCUUUCCGAACCGCUGCUGGUACAACAACGACCCCCAGGGAAGAUACGUCUGCUGCGACAAUGACGGCUGUAAUGGCUUCUAUCAGCCGGGCAACCUUUUCCCCCGCUGCAAGACCAACGGGUUUGUGCCCCCCAGUCUCUAGAGUGUUAGGAUGUUGAGACCUCAGGUUCUUAGGGUUUUAGGGUCGAGGGGUAGGCGUCGAGGUAAACUCAGAGUUUUUGGGUUAGGGGCUACUAGUUUUAAUUCAAUGGGUUCGUGCCCUCCAGCUUCUAGAGGUUUAGCUUGGAGACCUGGUCAUAACCGGGGGCGGAUUUUGCUCGAGAGCCGCCGGUAGGAGAGCAGCCAAUGAGUCCCUUUCUGCCGACUCGUAUGCAGACUUUGUCUUCUAACCACGCCUGGUUGACGAGUAGUUAGCCGACCGGUCGAGUUAACGCAACCAGCCACAAUCAACUGUCUCUUGUCUAUCAAUCACCCGGGAGCAGCUUGUACAUAAAGAGGCCGUAGUUAGUUUAGACUGCGCGCCGCCCAGCUACUGGUCUGAUUAGCGUAGUAAUGCCGCUUUCGUUUGUAGACAAGAAGAGGCAUAGUCACGCAUUAGAGCCUAAGUGUCUGGAGUGGAACUUCGUCACGUUUAGCGCCGCGCAACUGAAUGUUCGCAUCGUGCAAAGAUGCUGGUCGUCGUUUUGAUCCGCUUGAGUUGUCAAGUGUGUGUUCUGGUAUAGCUGUGAAGUUUGGAUUUCGGUCCGUCAGCUUGAUUGAUCUUGGAAUGAUCUUAAUUGUACGUCUGGCC